AUGUUAUCCAGCUCUGCCGGCGGUGCUACAGUAAGCACAACGCUGAGCAGGUAUGUCCCUUCUAGUGAAACCAGUCUCCCGGACAAAGCAGCCCAAAUUUUUCCUGCUGUUGUGCAAUUACCAGCCAGUCAGGAUUCGGGCGCUGCCGCCGCCAGGUGUGCAUCCAUUUCUCCCGGUGCUUUAAAGCCAACCGCUUACGCGCCCAUCACGGGGCUGCUCGAGUGUUACUUCCUGCAAAGCCCUCGGCUCCGACGGACGGCACCCGAGCGGAACGGCGGGCGGGCGGGCGGCAGGACACCCCCGGCCGAACUUCGGCCGCCCCUCGCCUUCUCCCGCCACAGACCCCCAGACACGCGAGCAAGCCCCCGGCCCCGGCCGGCUGCUCUCGCCUGCCCGCCGCCACGUCGCGCGCGGUUGUCCCCCACCGCGUUACCCACCCCCGCCAGGCCUCCGCUCCGUUCCGCGCCCACGACGCGCCUCUCGCCGGCCCCCUCCGCCACCGAGGCCGGGGGGGGGACCCCUGCCCCAGGGCGGCCUGGGACGCGCGGCACUACCUUUCGGUCCCGCUGCGGCGGCAGAGGAGCCGCUGGCUUUCUUAAGGGCAAGGUGUCUCCUUGGGCGCGGAGAUGUGAAGGGGGCGUCCCCCGGGGCGUCCUCCUAAGGGUCGGCGGGACUCGGCGGGACGGGACGGUACAGUGCGGCGCGGUACGGCACGGCGCGGUGCGGCGCGACAGCCCCACGGCACUACAGCGGCCCCGGCGCCCGUUGCCAUGGGGACAGGUCCCGCCCCUCAAGACGCGGGGAUUGGCCGGGCCUGACCCCCGCCCGGGCGUCGCGGAGGGCUCUGAUUGGGCAAACCAGCGGACAUGGGGGCAGUCCCGAUGGCGGGAGGGGCCGGGCCGCCAGGGCAGCCGCCUGCCUCGAGAAGGUCCCAUGCUGUUGUAAGGCCUGCGGCUUGGAGUGGAGAAGAUUUCUGUCAUUGCUUUGACUAUUUCAAGAUCGUUUUCACCCUCUCUCAGUCACAAGCUGAUAAGUACCAUAGCCUCGUUAGUUAUGGCUACUUAUUUUUCUUCUUCCUAGUACUAUGCGGCUACUUCAUUUUGGGCUGGAACCUGCUUUAACAGAAGGGUGGAGAACCUCUGCGUAGGGUGGAUCCCCAGCUUUCUGGGACUGUGCCAGUUCCCCCUCCCAUGAUCUGGGGCACAUCUGGCAGCGUGACCACAGCCAUGGGAUGGGACCUGUGCCUAUUUGUGACUGGGAGUGCCUGCAGCUUGGUCCCUCGGUUGAUCCUCUUCUGGUCAUGUCAUGUGAUUAAUUGGAAUAAAAGCUAGAUGGAUUGUUCUGGUUAGGUAUUAGAGACUUCUUAUUCCUGUUUUGGUGUUAGUCUUCUAUUCAUUGACAUGAAACAAGAGCCUAUUUAUUGCAUGUCUUGAGCAGAAUUCCAUUACACUAGUUAAUUUGGAGAGGUAGGGGUAAAAAAAAUCUGUUGUCUUCUACUGUUGACCAAAACCCAAAUUCUAGAAUAAAGAUGAGUUAUCAGUGUUAGAAACUUCAGAUUCCUCUUCUGGUAGCUACUGAACAGCACAGACACAGAACAGGAAUGCUCUUUGCCUAUGAAAGUUUGUAGUCUAAAGCCAUGCUGUAUUAUCUCUCAGUUUCUCCCUAUCCUUUCUGGGGGAUGUAUGUAGCUGGCCUUCUGCUGCAGAUUGCAGAGUGAUGUAUUAAUUUCCAGACUGAUUUUCUAACCUUAAAAUUAUAAGAAAUAAUUUUUAUCUCUCUGUGUAUUGUAAGUAAAAGGGAAAAUAAAAUAUACUGUGAACUUGA